AUGGCCCAACGAGCCGUUGGCAGGCUCUUCCGCGGCCAGAGUUCUGGCUCUCUGCGCCCAUCAGUUGGUUCUUUUACACAAAGGCGCAAUUACUCGCGAGAUGCUAUCCCGACCUUCCCCCCAUCAUCCUCCCCCGAACUCGACCAAGCCCUCAACCGCUUCCGCGAAGAACUCUUCGUCCCCUUCGGCUUAAACGAACAACAGCGCAGACUGAUGUUCCGCCACAAAUAUGCAGACAUCCUGGAUGAAGAACCCGUGACCGUGAACAUCGGCAAAGACGAUGAACCCUUCCUCCUCCGACCCAUGGACCCCAUGAUGAGGCCCGCAAAUAAAGAAGCUAUUGACACAAUCGCGCUUAUGAAGACGCCUAAGGAUUUCCAGAAUCUUGUUCCCUUCCUCACCGGUCUCCGCAUGUCCCAUCGGCACAUCAAGUACGGCCGCUGGGAGUGGGUGAUACGCCGGGCGAGCCAGGCGGAUGCGCUGGGUGUGAUUUUGGAGUGUGCGAAGCAGGCUGAUAAGACUGGGCUUUAUUUGAAGAGGAAUACGCUUGUUCAGCGGUUGUUCUUUGAGCUGCACCGCAAGGCUCAGCGUGGGGAUUUCCAGGACCCUGCACUCUCCAAGGCGCUGCGCCUGGCUACCCAGGCCAUUACUCUUAUGGAGUCCCCCGAACACACCCAGAUGGACCCCAAGGAGGACCCGAAGCGGAAACCCUUCAUGGUGGGUGUUUUGCUCGAACUCCACGCCGCCCGUGCUCUGAAUUUGCUCGAAGGAAAGGAUGAAGGUGACUCCGUGCGGUCAUAUGCUCUGCGGCUGCUCGGUACCUGGUCCAAUGGCCACUUCAAGAAUCUCGCCAAGACAUGGCCUGAGGUCGAUUUGAGAUUGCAGGAGAUUGUCCCUAUUCACAACGCUUUGAAGCUGGCUUUGCAGGUGCUGGAGACUGCAGGAGACAAGCCACUGAACAAUGAACUAAAGGGUCGUAUGAACGAGCUGAACAUGAUGAUUGCAAGGAGUAAGCAGAUGGCGCCGGAGAAUGUUAAGCAAAGGCUCGAGCAGCAGCCGACGACGGGGUAUGAGCAGGCCGUGCUUCUACAUCAGGAUUAA